UUAAGCAGGGGUAGAGAAGGUGUUUCUCCAAGUCAUGUCUAAAUAAUUCACAAUACUUGCCUUUUUUAUUUCCAGUAACAGUUUACGAUCAUAUGUGAACUUGUGUUCACCUCCUGCAAGCUUUGAGGUAGUAUUGACUAUUGAAGCUAAUGCUUUUAUAGCCAAACAAACGUUGACUUUUCAGCAGACAACUAUGGUGCAUUCCAUUCCCGCAAACAACAACCUUGGUCUUCUCUAAAUGAGCUUCAUGAGGCAGUUAACUGGUGAAAUGGUUUUCACUUCCCAGGUGUGCCUUGUCUGGGUUACGCUUUGCACUUUGCUUAUUUAAACAAUAUGCGUUCAAAAGAGUUAUACAUUUGCGUUUUUCCACAAAAAUGUCUGACUUUGGUGUUAUUUUUUCUCCAUUCAUAUCACUGCACGCUUUGCUUGUCAACAGUGUUUCAUGGUGUCUAUUGCUGGGAUAGUGAAAGUAAACGUAUGACUACUACGGGUGUCACAAGACGAGAUGAGGCACAAGAUAGAAUCCACAAGAAUGAUACAAUAUUUUAACAUUUAUUUGAUUAUUUGUUUUAAGUACAAUGACAAUAAAUAAUAAUGAAAAAUAAAAAAAAGACAAAUUUUUCCUCAUAUUUACUUGUCUUUGUCUGUUUACGUUUAUUCACUGUGAGCAGCCAAUUUGGUAGAAUUUCGGGACAAAACAGUGCGCCAAAGGCAGACAUACUCGUUCUGUAUGCUGCAAUGGAGGUGGAGCUGAUCGGCAUAGGGGGAUCGGCAUUAUAAAGCAAGUAUUGGCCAAUGUUGCCGUGCUUUUUCAUUGACAGCAGCUGAUGCCGAUCGGUGGCCGAUUGAUCGGAGCACCCCUCGUUGUCAGUACUGUUUUAAUAUGUGUUUAAAUUAGUUAAAUAUUACCAGGAUUUCACAGCAUUAACUGUAAGUAAGCAGUAAAGUAAUGUAAUGAAAAUCCAAAAGCUUCUUCUGGUUGGCCCUAUGCCCAGAUUUCUUGUUUUAAACUGGUAUUUUAAAUUGGUAUUGUCAUGUCGAUUGUCUAAAUGUAUAUUUAAAAAUAUAUUCUGAUUGUUAGUUACUGUGUGAUAAGUUUAUAAGAUAAGUUUGUAAGAUGAAACCGUGAGUCAAAGUGUUAUAUUGAGUGCCAUUUCCAAUGAGUUGAUAACCUUGUUGUGACUGUUCUAAUAGCUCCUGAUUGGCUUCUGGCAAAGAAAUAGCUACUACUGUUACUGAUUUGUGAGCAGCACAGUUUCUGAAGGACUGGAAAAGAUUGGAAAAGAGUCAAAAAGUAGCUGCAUCACUGUAUAAGCCCUGGGGUUCAAUUGUUAAGAAAAAAGGAGUGGCUUAUAAACCAGAAUUAACAGUAAUUAUAAUAUAGUAUAGUAAAUUAUAGCAAAUAAUAGUAGGUUCAUUGUAAUUAACUGCAAAAAAAUAAAAAAAAUUACUGUAAUGGUACUGUAACAGCCAAUUAUUAGCCAGUAAUCUACUGUGAAUUUGCACUACCUUUUUUUUUACAGUGUUCUCAUCUGAAGCAUUAUAAAAAUAAAAAUAGUUACAUGUUGUAUGUGGACAUUCCAGUCUUACUUUACUAAAUAAACUAUUACUACAAAUGUUAAUGAAAUGUAAAUAAAAUAAAAUAAAACGUGAAUGUUCUUUGUCACAUAUUUUUAGUGCAAUUUACGAAUGUGUUAUAUAUUUGUUACUUGAAUGUUGUUAGGAGUAACUUUUUGAUUUUAUGUGAGUCGCUGCUUGGUAGUGCCUAAGGCAUUUGGUCGGUGCCUACAGAAGUUCUGUUUAGGUUAAUUAGGGCUCUAAUUGGUGCAAGGUGGCGUAGGCUGGUGGUAGAUUUGGCUGUGCCGAGAUGGGCAUGGUGAUGCACUAUGGGGAGAUGUCCACAGAUUCAGUUUGGCGCAGUGACAAUUUCAUGACAAUUAGUGCGCCGAAGGUACCCUGAGAGCUUGCCAGCUCUGACCUGGUCACCAAAACCUCACAGGCAGGUUUUUCAGUGUCAGGCAUAUUUUAAUGCAACCAGCAACCACUGUUUAAUGUAACCGUCUGAACCAGCAUGUACAUUUUUGUAUGAAUUGUCCAAUCACAUCUGAUGCCAGAUCAAAGACGUCACGCAUAAUGAGAGUCAAUAAGAGGUGUUCAUUAGAUUGGUUAGGAUUACACUCGGUUGUGUAAAGCCAUCUCACGCCUUCUCUCCUCCCUCUUUGCCAAUUGGGGAGGGAUGGAGGCGUGGGUGCGCCGGACAGCGCCGCUCACGAAAAUGUCAAAGUGCACUGGCCACACCCCAUUAGCUACGAAAUUAGAGCCCUAGGUGGAAAUGUGAGUGUCAGUGUUUGUUUGUCUUUCUAUGUGCUAUGAUUGAUUGGCGACCAUUUCAGGGUGAAGUCUCCUGAAGUCAGCCUGGAUCGGCUCCAGCUCACCCACCACCCUAAGUUACCAUUAUAUGAAGUAAAGUAAAUAAAUGGGUUACACUUAAUAAGUCUUUUUUACACAGUACAGCCGUGUAAGAUGAAGAAUUGAGAGUUUGUUUGGUGCAAUGUACAACGUACUAUUGCAGUAAAAAGAGGCACCUCUUAGAUAAUGCUGCAGUGCACUGUCUCCUGAGCCUGUUGGACAAUAUAAUGAAGAUUUCCCGCCUGCCCUCUUGCUGUCCAUAGAAUUUGGAGUGUUUGCACCUACUGCUAAGGACGAAAUGGGCUGUACACUCUUUGAGGUGACCUGCAGACUGUAAAUUAAGUCGGACAAAAGUUGAGUAGUGGUGCAAUAUGAAGGAUGUUUAUGUCCAGACCAAAGACAGCAACAAAUAAACACACUGCAGCGUUUGCUUUCUAAACAAUCAAAGUUUUAAGUCUGACAAAGUUAUUAUGUUAUUACAAACUCAAGUUUUGUGUUUCCUUUUGGCAUUAUUCUAAGAUAAGAAGUAUUGGCCUGGAUGCAAUUGUGGAAAAUUUUCUCACCCCAGUAUGACUCACUCUGUAGAAUUCCGAAAGACAACUGUUACAACUGGCCACGAUGUUCUGGCUCUGAUAAGUGAGGAAGGGAUCGCUUCCUUUCAAUCUGUACAUAAAACAAGUGAUUGCAUUUUCAGCAAUGCAAAGCAACCCCAAGGUCAUAUUUUGAGUCAUUAGCCUGCCUUUCACCGUGUGCAUAAAUCAAUGUUUAUCAGUAAUAAGGAAGUUUACCUGUUAAAAGUCUUUAAAAAAAAGUAGUUCAGGAGUCAUGUGGCUGCAGAGAAGUGCCUUGGGCAUGUUCCUGUAAUUCAUGGUCUCACAUUAACUCUCAUUUUAUGGCCAUUUCUUCACUUCGAGUCAAGACUUUCCUGCAGAGAGUACGGUGACAAAUAGCAUUACUUUGAUCAACUGUGUCACUUUACCAAAUUGACUUUUAGCUUAUGUCAGCCUCUUAUGGUGCAGAUCUAUAGAAACAUAUUCAAGAAGGUGUCAUUCAGCACUUACAGUAUGAUGCUUUGUUAUGUGAGCUUCCUCAAUGGGAACGUCCAUGUGGAUAUAUUCCUCUGAUUCAUCCAAAGGACACUUUGGUCAAAGAAAACUACAGUUAGCUCCAUAAAGUGCCACCAGUGAACAAAAUGUGCUGUUACUUAGCACUUCACAUAACAAUAUUAGUAAUCAAUUCUCCAGAGCUCAGGCAAUGAGUUCUUUUAUCUCUCAUUUGGCGUUUAUGACUUGGUUAAUCGUUAAGCAAUGCCUUUGUUUUCCCUCGAAUGGAGCAAGGACAUAUUUGACACCCCUCGUUUGGUUUUCUGAGGGUUGAUCCAGAGAGUUAGCCAAUAGCUGAUGUAUGACCCUGAGAUGCAGGGUAUAAAGGUGAGCUAUCGGAGGCGAAUCGAGUUUGUACAUGAGAAAAAGCCCUGCAAAGAAGUUUAACUAUUGCAGAUAUAUAUAUGUCGAUAAGCCAGUUGUUGCUGCGGUCGGUUCCUCAAAAACUUUCUUCGAGGUCUGAAGAGGCGUAUUUUCCUUGACUCUUUCAACUUGAGAAGCUCCUUUCCUGAUGGAAAAGGUGAAGUCUAACGGAGGGGAGCAUGUUAACCCCGCUUAUGAUUCAACUUUGGAUGAGCCACCAGGCUAUGAGAACAAUGACGAUCACAGGACCGUCCGGCCUUCAGUGGUCAGCGCGUUUGGUCACGACACUUUGGAUCGUGUGCCUAACAUCGACUUCUAUCGUAACGCGGGCAGUGUGAGUGGUCACCGGGCUGUGCGACCAUCCCUGCAGGAGCUGCACGAUGUCUUUCAAAAGAAACAGAAUGGGGCCAUCUCUGUGCCAGACACUGUGGAGGACGAUGGCGAGGGGAGCGACGGCACCCCCUCUGAUGAUGUGGAGUCGGCUGUUCCCCUAAACAGCGACAAAGGAGCAGUAAAGUUCGGCUGGAUAAGGGGAGUCCUGGUGAGAUGCAUGCUGAACAUUUGGGGUGUCAUGCUGUUCAUUCGCCUGUCCUGGGUGUUUGGACAGGCCGGCUGGGGUUUGGGAACUGUUGUUAUUGCUCUCAGCUGUGUGGUGACCACCAUUACUGGUCUUUCCAUGUCGGCCAUUUGCACUAAUGGUGUGGUCAGGGGGGGAGGGGCGUACUACCUAAUAUCUCGGAGCCUGGGACCAGAAUUUGGCGGUUCGAUCGGUCUGAUUUUUGCAUUUGCGAAUGCAGUGGCCGUCGCCAUGUAUGUGGUGGGAUUUGCUGAGACAGUGGUAGAUUUGCUCAAGGAGCACAAUUCACUCAUGGUGGAUCCAUUAAAUGACAUUAGAAUCAUUGGCUGCAUCACAGUAGUCCUGCUUUUGGGCAUAUCUGUUGCUGGAAUGGAAUGGGAGGCUAAGGCACAGAUAGUGCUACUCAUCAUCCUGCUGGCAGCUAUUGUGAAUGUAUUUGUGGGUACCUUCAUCCCUCCAACGGCUGACAAGAAAUCCAAGGGCAUAUUUAAUUAUGACGCAAAUAUCUUUUUAGAGAAUUUUCCGCCAGAUUUCAGAAAUGGGGAGUCAUUUUUUUCAGUAUUCUCCAUAUUUUUCCCUGCUGCCACUGGGAUCCUAGCAGGAGCUAACAUUUCCGGGGACUUGAAGGAUCCUCAAGAAGCAAUUCCUAAAGGUACCUUAUUGGCUAUUUUGAUCACUGGUGUCACCUACCUGGGCGUGGCUCUGUGUGUCUCUGCGAGCGUAGUACGUGACGCUACCGGAAACAUAACUGACCUGAUCACGUCUGAAGCGCCGUGUAUCGGCUCAGCAGUGGCAGCCUGUAAGCUCGGCUAUAACUUUUCUUCCUGUGCAGUAGAAACAUGCAGCUUUGGCUCAAUGAACAACUUUCAGGUGAUGACGUUGGUGUCGGGCUUCGGUCCUCUCAUCAUAGCCGGGACUUUUUCAGCCACGCUCUCAUCUGCCCUGGCUUCUCUUGUCAGUGCUCCAAAAGUCUUCCAGGCGCUGUGCAAGGACAACAUCUACAAGGCCCUCCACUUCUUUGCCAAAGGAUAUGGCAAGAACAACGAGCCGAUCCGUGGCUACAUCCUCACUUUCAUCAUCUCUGUGGCCUUCAUUCUCAUUGGUGAUCUCAACUCCAUCGCUCCCAUCAUUUCAAACUUCUUCCUGGCAUCCUAUGCACUCAUCAAUUUCUCCUGCUUCCACGCAUCCUAUGCAAAGUCUCCAGGUUGGCGACCAGCUUACAAAUACUACAACAUGUGGCUGUCUCUGCUGGGGGCUUUGCUGUGCUGCGCUGUGAUGUUUGUUAUCAACUGGUGGGCUGCGUUGAUUACUUACGGCCUGGAAAUCCUUCUAUAUAUUUAUGUGACCGUCAAGAAACCGGAUGUGAACUGGGGUUCAUCAACUCAGGCGGUGACAUUCGUCAGUGCCGUCAGCAAUGCUCUGUCUCUAUCUGGAGUAGAAGACCAUGUCAAGAACUUUAGACCUCAGAUCCUGGCACUAACAGGGGCUGCUCGGACCAGACCAGCUCUGCUAGACCUGGCCCACUCCUUUUCAAAGAACUAUGGACUCUGCCUCACCUGUGAAGUGAUCGUGGGGCCGAGAUCUGAGGCCCUGCCAGAGAUGAACGCUAGCAUGGAGAAGAACCAGCUCUGGUUGAGGAAGACAAAACGCAAGGCAUUCUACGCCGCCGUGGUCUGUGACAGCUAUAGGAAAGGUGUUGAGACCCUGCUGCAGGCCUCUGGUCUUGGCCGUAUGAAACCCAACACGCUGAUGGUAGGCUUCAAGAAAAACUGGAAGGUUUCAGGUGCAGAAGCAGUCCAGAGUUAUGUGGGAGUGCUGCAUGAUGCCUUUGACUUUGAAUAUGGAACAGUGAUUUUCAGGAUGAGCCAAGGACUUGAUGUUUCGCAUAUUGUCGAGGCAGAAGAGGAAAUGCUAAAAUCAGCAAAGGAGCAGCAGGCACUGGAGAAUGAGUUCAUGCCAAAUGGAGGAAAAGCUAAAGGAUUAUUCAGAAAGUCCAGAAAAUCCUCUCAGCAAGUGCUCACUACCCGAGUGUCUGUGUGCGGCCCACCACCACCACAGGUCGCCAUGAUGAAUGAAAAACUGAUGGAGGCCAGUGCUCAGUUUAAGACCAAGCAGCCUAAAGGAACCAUUGAUGUGUGGUGGCUCUUUGAUGAUGGAGGUCUCACUCUGCUGCUCCCAUACAUCCUAACUACGAGGAAGAAGUGGAAAGAUUGUAAAUUGAGGAUCUUCAUUGCAGGACAGCCCGGACGCAGCGAUCUGGAUAAAGAAGAGAUGAAGUUGCUGCUGCAGAAGUUCCGAAUUAAAUGCACUGACAUCAUCGUCAUUGAUGACAUCCAUGUUAAACCUCGCAACGACAGCUUGAAGAAGUUAGAAGACAUGAUUGAACCUUUCCGUCUGCAUGAGAGGACCAAAGAAACUGAGCAGGUUGCAGCAAUGAGGAAAGAACAGCCCUGGAAGAUUACUGAUGAAGAGUUGGACACAUUUGAGGAGAAGACGAAUCUCCAGAUACGACUGAACGAGUUACUUCAGGAAAACUCCAAAAACGCUAACAUAAUUGUGGUGAGCAUGCCAAUUGCACGUAAAGAAACCAUCUCUGACUUCCUCUACAUGGCCUGGCUGGAUAUUCUGACCAAGGACCUCCCACCUGUUCUUCUCAUCCGAGGCAACCACAAGAGUGUCCUCACUUUCUACUCCUGAGAAUUCUGUGGACUCAUCUAUUUGAUCGGAUUAGAAAGGAAAUGGGACUCUUCCAAAACCUUGGGUUUCAUUAUUCCAUCUUACAGACCAAAGUCACGCCGCUUAGUUACAAAUCUGCGAGAAGAAAGUCUCAUCUAAGUAAAGACAAAUAUGUUUGUCUUUGUGACAUACAGUCAAUAACUUAUGGAUUGUUUUAAAUGCAUAAGAUGUGCAUAUCAAUGAUGGUUAGAUCACUUUGUUAAAUCUGUACAAAGACCAAUGAUUUCAAUCGUUACACUGUGAU